AUGGAUAAGCAUGUUAUUUCAAAAUUAAAGUCUUUUACAAAUGAUUUGACCAAGUUAAAAAGUGAUUUAGAAAGAGAAGAUUAUAAGUGGGUUCAAGAACUUAAGCAACUUAAAUUGGAGGAAGCAGAAAUUAGGAAAAAGAUAGAAGAAAAUAAGCGAAAGGCAAUGAAUGAGAAAGAUCCGACUCAAAAAGCCCUUCUUUUACAAUUAAUUGAAGAUGAUGGUAAGAAAUUAAAGGCAAAUAUGAAGAAACAACAGGAACUCUCCAACAAGUUUAACUUUGACCCUAACAAGAGAAUUGAUGAUUUAAUAGAAUCAAUAAAACAAGCCAUUAAAAACAGUGGCAAUAAAAACAAACCUUCUGGUUCUGGUGGCAGGAAUAAAAAUCCUACUGGCUCUCGUGAUUCUGACAGCGAUAAUGACAUCCCUAACGAUGGCGAUGAUGCAGAAGAAGAUACGGAGCAAGAAACUAAGAAAGACUGA